GCUCAUACUGCCUGUUGAAAAAGGUGCGGCACACUCUCUGCCUUUCACUUCUUACUCCAAUUCAGGUAGCCACACAACACUGUUUAGCCUGGACAUCGACAAAAGCAAUUACAACCCAAACAUGGCUGGUGAGUUCGAUUUCUACACAAAUGAUGAGGUCAGGAUUGUGAUGGUGGGGAAGACUGGAAUUGGAAAGAGUGCUACUGGAAACACUAUUCUGGGCCGCGAGUGCUUUGAAUCCAAGUUCAGUGCCAAAUCUAUGACUGAAGAGUGUUCCAAAGGAAAAGCUAAAGUGGAUGGACAUCGCGUUGCUGUCAUUGACACCCCAGGCCUCUUUGAUACCAGGGUUGAUGAAGAGGAAACUCAGAAAAAUAUAUGCGAGUGCAUCUCCUAUGCUUCUCCAGGACCCCAUAUCUUCUUGGUGGUUGUCAGACUGGGCAGAUACACUGAAGAGGAAAAACAGACGGUGCAAAAGAUUCAAACAAUCUUUGGCAACGAUGCAGACAAAUACAGCAUGGUUCUCUUUACCCAUGGGGACCAACUUGAAGGCAUCACUAUGGAAGAGUUCUUAGAAGAAAGCCCAGACCUGCAGGAACUCGUGGACAGAUGUAAUGGUCAGUACCACGUCUUCAACAACAAACUGAAGGAGCGCUCUCAGGUCACUGAGCUGAUCCAGAAGAUCAGAGAGAUAGUCCAGAAGAACGGAGGAAGCCACUACACCAACGAGAUGUUCCAAGAGGCUGAGAGGGCGAUUCAAGAGGACAAACAACGCAUCCUGAGAGAGAAAGAAGAAGAAAUACGGAAAGAAAAAGAGAAAAUGGAGAGAGAAAUACAGGAAAGAUAUGAGAAAGAGAUGCAGAAAUACAACGAACAACUCCAGGCUGAGAGGGAGAGGAAGGAGAGAGAGGAGGAGAGGGAGAGGAAGACGGAGAGGAAAAGGGUGAAUGAGGAGAGAAAGAGAGAGAUGGAGGAGAGAGAGGCAGAGAGGAGGAGAGAGAGAGAGGAGAGAGAAUGGGAGAUGAAGAAAUUAAAAGAGGAGUGUGAGAGAGAACUGGAUGAAGAAAGACGCAAAAUUCAGUCCAGAUACGAAAAUGAAGCCAGAGAUGAAGCUGAGAAGUUUAAUCCAUUGUUUUUUCUGACAGUACCUGCUGAAACCAUACUCAAUGUUGGCCAUGCAGUGGUUGGAGGAGUUAAAAAACUUGGAACUGGUAUUGGGAAAAUGUUAAAAUUUCCUUUUAACUUGUGAUUCAUGCAUUAAAUCUUAAGGCUUCCGGUUGAGUGAACGCUGGUGCGACUUGCUGCCGCUACUCACCGGUAUCUUUUUAUCUUUUUAUCUAUUGAUCUUUUAUCUUUUACUUAUAUAUUCUUUGAUACAUCUUAACAAAUUUUAAACCUUCUUGUCUUCUACUGACACUACUGGCGAUCUAGCGAAUUUUGCAAGUCCCUGAGUAUUUUGGGUCUAGUUUAUCUGCCUGUUUGUUUUGGCCGUUGUCUCCCUCGGAUCCGUACACUUGACUGUUUGGCUUAUCUGACUGUGCGUGAUGUGGCCUAGCAGGAUGUGCGUCUUGCUCGUGUAGGUCUGGAUUUUUAUGUCAUUGGUCUACCGACGUAGUGCUGGACUUUACCAAUACUCAGCUGACGAGCUUCUCCGUCUCCGCUUUCACCUGGCUUCUCCACCGCCGGCUGCGUUUCAUCUCCACACAGAUAUCGCCUUCCUCCCUCGCUGAAAGUACAUUCACCGGGGCUCUCGUCGGCAUUUUCACCAUGACGACUCUAAGCCAAUACAGUCCCUCUGGUCCACUUCUCGUUGUCCUCCACGGAACUCCGACAGUGUGCUGACCACAGUGUUUUAGCCAGCCUGCCCAGGUCGACUACCUCUGUCCAGUCUGACAGCACCGAUGUCAACUUUGGCCUCCUUAACAUCCGCUCGCUUACGAGCAAGGGUCAUCUAGUUCGGGAUCUACUCACAGAUCGUAUGUUUGACUUUUUCUGUUUGACUGAGACGUGGCAACAGCCCAAUGACUUUUCGCCACUCAACGACUCCACUCCCCCAGGGUUUGUUUACACCUGCCAACCUCGUAAGUCCGGCCGUGGUGGAGGUCUCGCGGUAAUCUAUCGCGAGAACUGGAAAGUCACGCCGUUGUCUGUACCUGUCUACAGUUCCUUUCAAUCCGUUGUUUGUCAAAUCUCUGGACCUGUUCCAACUGUCAUAGCUGUUAUUUACCGCCCUCCAAAGUCUAAUUCUGUCUUCAUAAGUGACUUUGUUGAUCUGCUGACUCACAUAGCUACUGUUUCCCCUAAUAUAAUACUCCUGGGAGACUUUAAUAUUCAUAUGGAUAACAGUGAUCACCAAAGAUUUCUCAUCCUGCCUUGAUAGUAUUGGCUUUAAACAACACAUAAACUUUCCUACUCAUACUAAGGGCCAUACUUUGGACCUAGUUUGUUGCUCUGGACUUACUCCUUUUAACUGCAAAGCUGAUGAACUGCUAAUUUCUGACCACUUGCUUCUUUCUUUCAAUGUCAAAAUGACUUUUUCUAUAACCAAGACUCUUCAGACCAUUUCUUUUCGGAAUAUUAAGAAAAUCAAUCCUGAUACUCUUGCUUUCUCUAGUCAUUUGCAUUUUCAUAACCUGCUCACCCAAGAAGACUUGGUUUCCUAUUAUAACUCUAGUCUCAGUAGUAUUCUAAACUCUGUUGCCCCACUCAAAACCAAAUCUGUAUCAUUCUCUCAGUCAGCACCCUGGUUUACAGCUGAACUCAGGCUCCUGAAAGCAAAAGGAUGAUGACUUGAACGCCUUUAUAAGAAAACUGGUCUGAAUAUCCACAAGGAAAUGUUUAAUAAUCAUAUUAUGUAUUAUAAGGAGUGUAUUAAUCAAACAAAAUCUGCUUACUACUCCACCAUUAUCUGUUCAAAAGAUGACUCAACCAAGAUACUGUUUUCACUGUUCAACUCUUCUUUCAGGUCACCAGAUUUUUAACCUGCUCACCUUUACUCGUCUUCUUUCUGUGAUUCUCUAAUGUUAUUUUUCAUUGAGAAAAUUCACAAAAUACACCAAGACCUGGUUUCCGAUGUUCCAUUUAGCGCUUCCUUUGUAAUUCCUCUCCCAUCAUACUGUUUUUCUGCUUUCCAGCUCCCCUCUGUUACUGAUAUUUCAGAUCUCAUCUGUAAGUCAAAACCUUCUACUUGUCAGCUAGACCCCAUUCCUACAGUUUUGGUUAAGGCAUGUCUACCUUCUUUGCUUCCCCUAAUAUCUGCUAUCAUCUAUUCUUCACUUACCACUGGAACUGUUCCUGCUUUCCUCAAAAUUGCUGCCAUCACCCCAGUAUUGAAAAAACUGGUCUAGAUCCCAAUAAUUUUGAGAAUUUUUGGCCUAUUUUCAAUCUGCCAUUCCUUUCAAAAAUUCUUGAGAAAAUAGCUGCCACACAACUCCACUCACAUUUAACUAAUAAUAAUCUGUAUGAACAGUUCCAGUCUGGUUUUCGCCCCUCCCAUGGCACUGAAACAGCACUUAUAAAAGUAACCAAUGAUCUUCUUAUGGCAGCUGACUCCGGUUUACUUUCCAUUCUUAUUCUCCUCGAUUUGAGUGCUGCUUUUGACACUAUUUCUCACUCUAUUCUUCUAAGUAGGCUAGCCUCCAUCGGUCUCUCCCAUACUCCAUUAGCCUGGUUUAAAUCAUACCUGUCUGAUCGCACUCAGUUUAUUCAACUCAAAUCCUUUACUUCUCAGCCCUUUCCUCUGACCACUGGCCUGCCCCAGGGAUCUGUCCUUAGGCCCCUUCUUUUCAUUAUCUACCUUCUACUGCUUGGACACAUUUUCCGUAAAUACAAUAUCCAGUUUCACUGUUAUGCCAAUGACACCCAGCUUUAUCUGUCCACUAAACCUGAUUCUGCUCUUCCCCCAUCCUCCCUCACCCUCUGUUUAGCUGAACUAAAUUCAUGGUUCUCUUCUAAUUUUCUCAAACUCAAUAGUAAUAAAUCCGAGCUUCUCUUGGUCGGCACUAAAUCAACAUUAUCCAGAAUCUGUUACUAUCAAUAACUCGCCGGUCUUUGUUUCUUCCUCUGUGAAAAGCUUGGGUGUCAUCCUCGACAGUACUCUAUCUUUCAAUUCACACAUUAAUAAUGUCACUCGGUCUGCAUAUUUUCAAUUGCGCAACAUUAAUCGUCUCCGUCC